AUGAAUAGAAGAGCUGGAUUUGGUGAAGCAUAUGAACCAACCCGUUAUGAGCAUUUAGCCAACGUAAUAUCACAUGGAGUGGCUGUAGUACCAAGUUUCUAUGCAAUGAGGUGGAUGAUGGCAGCUUCUUACCGUGACUUACAGUUCCGAGUAUCAUUUAUAUAUGGCUUUUUUACAACGGUACUUAAUGCAUCAUUCUUACGGAUAUAUUGCCAAAAAGUUAUAAGUGAAAGCAAUCAUUUGUCAAGAAGAGGAAAUCACUUCGGAAAUAUAUGGACUCACGAGAUUUUCAGAAAACUUCGUUACUACUUACACAUUGUGGAUCGUGCAGCUAUUUACUUCUUUAUCGCAGCUUCUUACACACCGUGGCUCACUUUGAGACAUUGUGCAUAUCCCGGACUUAAUAUCAAAUGGAUUGUUUGGUUGCUCGCUUGUAUUGGCAUUCUCUAUCAGUACACCUUUCACGAGAAAUACAAAACGAUCGAAACUCUUUUAUACAUCGUUAUGGCUUGUGGUCCAUCAGUCGCCAUAUUUACUAUGAAUGAUCGCAGUGGAUUGGGAUUUAUGGGAGUCGGAGGUGUCGUCUAUCUUUUUGGUGUCAUAUUUUUCAAGCUCGAUGGCAUUGUUCCGUUCGCUCAUGCAAUAUGGCAUGUUCACGUUCUGAUAGGUGCUGCACUACAUCUUUAUGCCGUUUAUAAUACUCUGCUAGGACCAGACCGCAUGAAUCCAUUUCCGGACAUCAGUAAAGUGCAUGCUGAAUUCUAA